AUGUUUGGUUGGCUCAAUGGAAAGACAAAAUUUUCCAAUGCCUUGUCUAUUGUUGAGCUUUUGGUACAUAUGGAUUGUGAAGGAUGCCAAAAGAGGAUACGAAGAGCAAUCUCAAAAAUUGAUGGAGUAGAUAGCUUGGAAAUCGACAUGGAUAAGCAGAAAGUAACAGUGACAGGAUACGUGGAUGAGAGGAAGGUGCUAAAAGUAGUGAGGAGAACAGGAAGGAAAGCAGAGUUGUGGCCAUUUCCAUAUGACAGUGAAUACUAUCCAUAUGCAUCCCAGUACUUGGAUGAAUCGACAUAUGCAUCUUCUUAUAACUACUACAGGCAUGGCUAUAACGAAAGCGUUCAUGGAUACUUCCCAGACCAAGCUUACUCAACUGUUCCUGAUCAAACUGUCCAUCUCUUUAGUGAUGACAAUGUUCAUGCUUACUGCAAUGUUAUGUAA